UUUCUUUCUUUUUUUUUUUUUUUGAGAUGGAGUUUCGCUCUUGUUGCCCGGGCUGGAGUGCAAUGGUGCGAUCUUGGCUCACUGCAACCUCCACCUCCUGGGUUCAAGCGAUUCUCCUGCCCCAGCCUCCUGAGUAGCUGGGAUUACAGGCAUGCGCCACCAUGCCUGGCUAGUUUUGUAUUUUUAGUAGAGACAGGGUUUCUUCAUGUUGGUCAGGCUGCUCUCGAACUCCCCACCUCAGGUGAUCCGCCUGCCUUGGUCUCCCAAAGUGCUGGGAUUACAGGUGUGAGCCACCAUGCCUGACCCUUAACUUCCAGUUUUCAAUUUGAUGUUGGGAGGUGUGGUUAGGUAAAUUUAUUGUAAAGCAUAUAUUUAUGAAAUGUUUAAUAAUAAUAAUAGUGAACAUAACAUUUAAUCAGCCUUAACCCAGUUGCCUGGAGUGUUUUCUUUUUAUCAGUUCCAUCGUUAUCAGUCUGGAAUUAAAAGACUGAAGGAACUUUUAAUUCUUUUUAAUUCUUUUUUUUUGAGACAGAGUCUCACUUUGUGCCCUAGGCUGAAGUGCAGUGGCUGUAUCUUGGCUCACUGCAAUCGUCACCUCCUGGUUUCAAGUGAUUCUCGUGCUUCAACCUCCAGAGUAGCCAGGACUACAGGCACAUCACCAUGCUCAGCUUAUUUUUAUAGUUUUAGUAGAGACAGGGUUUCUCCAUAUUGGCCAGGCUGGUCUGCAACUCCUGGCCUCAAGUGAUCUGCCUGCCUCGGCCUCUCAAAAGUGCUGGGAUUACAGGCCUGAGCCACUGUGCCUGGCCUGAUUAAUUCUUAAUUCAUAUAAUGUUAGGUGUGAAUUAAAUAGUACUUUUGAAGUAAGAUGUUUAUAUUCUAAGACUUUGAGUUUUGUUCUACAUUAUUUUGUCAACUGAGAUUUGGUAACUAGUUUGUGAAAAUAAUUGUCAGAAAAACAGUGUAAUAUUGCAGUUGCAGACUUAGGAUUUUAGAUCUCUGAAGACUCAGAAACUGAAGCCCAUGAGGUAAAAUUAAUUAGAGAUACAGCUGGCUAGUUGGUGACAGAGCCAGGAUUGUAACGAGCCUCCUCUUUAAGUCCAGCAUCCCGUUGCCCUGUAAUUGCAGAGUUUACUGUGGUCGCUAUUAAGGCGUACCCUCCACUGUAGUGUAUCAAAAGAAGUUGGUGAAAGCAUUAAUUUUAUGUAUGUUAGAUAAUUUAAAUAAGUGUUUUAACUUUUUGAGGUAGAUUUUUAAAGCAGUUAUUAGACUGUGCUUUUUAAAAGAUUGAAAUAUAUUUACUCCAGGAAAAUUAAGUGUUUUGUCAUUUUAGAUAAUCCAUUAACCUUAAUCCAAAUAGGGAGGUGCUAACUGGUGUUCUGGUUAACACCCUCCGGUUUGUAUCAUGUAAUCAGACUGCAGCUUACAGUUCAUCUUUGAGAAAUAGUCUAAGAGAAAUUCAUGUAAAUUAAAUGGUUUUCUUCCUAAAGCAUUCAGGGAGAGUUGUUCAUUUUAACGUCCACGCUGUUAACACAGGAGUCUGUGUGCAGGCUCGGAUCCAACUUCAACACCUGUGUUCAUACCCGUCACCUUUGUGUAGAGGAACUCACACUAGAGAUAAUGUGACUUGCUGUGAGCUUUCCUGGCCUUUGGUUUACUGUCCUCAGGCAACUGUGGUGUGUGUCAGGAUCUUUCACACAGCUAUCUUACACUCUAAGAAACUACUGCAAAUUGCAACAACUCCCACCCUCAACAAUGUAUUGGAAUUGUAAUUCAGAGGAUUGAAAGGCCCCCCCCCCCCCCCGCUUUUUCCCCAUUUAUUCUUCAGAACGCUUGUUUUACUGUUUGGGAAACUGAGUCUUGGUGACAGUUGGCUUUACAUCAUCCAAUACAGGAACAACAGAAAAUGGGAACUUUCUAGCUUCUUGCUUAUAAGCCUUUUGCGUGGCAGGCGAGAAUUCUACCACUGAACCACCCAUGCACCGAUGCUUAUAAGCCUUUUGCAAGUAAUACCCAACUCUUAGAAAGGGUCAGCGUUCUGUGCAGCACCUUGGAUCCAAAUAACAUGAUGUAUUUGGAGGCUUAAGUCACACAUCAUAGUUCAGCAUCAGAGAUACAGGCCCUGUACUUAAUAGUUUAAUAACUGAAAUAUUUAAAUAUUUAAUAGUUUAAUAAUUACUGUUAAACAGAAAGUAUUAAUAGUAAUUUUCACUGUGGUUUUUUUUUUUUUUGAGACAGAGUCUCACUCAGUUGCCCAGGCUGGAGUGCAGUGGCUUGAUCUCCGCUCACUGCAAGCUGCGCCUCCCGGGUUCACGCCAUUCUCCUGCCUCAGCCUCCCUAGUAGCUGGGACUACAGGCGCCCAUCACCACGCCCAGCUAAUUUUUUUGUAUUUUUUUUUUAUUAGAGAUGGGGUUUCACCGUGUUGGCCAGGAUGGUUGCGAUCUCCUGACCUCGUAAUCCACCCACCUCGGCCUCCCAAAGUGCUGGGAUUACAGGCAUGAGCCACCGCGCCUGGCCCAUUGUGGUUAUCUUUGAAGCCAGAGAUAUCUUACACUACAAGAUUGAGAAAAGUUAUCUACAUUUCCGAACAGUAAUUCAGAAUCAUUGGAAGUGAUGGGAAUUUUCAAUGGCUGAUUCUUAUAGUUUGCCCGAAACUGUUUUUUUUUUUUUUUUUUUUUGAGACAGGGUCUCACUCUGUUGCCAGGCUGGAGUGCAGUGGCGUGAUCUUGGCUUAUAGUGGUCUUGACCUCCCAGUCUCAAGCAGUCCUCCCUCCUCAGCCUCCCAAGUAGCUGGGACUACAGGCACGUGCCACCACACCUGGCUAAUUUUUGUAUUUUUUUGUAGAGAUGGGUUUUCGUCUUGUUGCACAGGGUGGUCUCAAACUCCUGGGCUCAAGCAAUCCUCCUGCCUUGGCCUUCAAAAGCACUGGGAUUACAGGCAUGUGCCGUCAUCCCCGGCCUGUCUGAAACUUUUUUUGUGAUGUUAGUGUUGACCUAAAAUGAAGAAGCUGAGUAAAGAGUUUAUUUGGGCCAAGCAUGAUGAUUGCAACCCAGGAGCAUAGACCAAGUUGCUCAGCGGCAGUUACAAGUGGAUUUUUAUGAUGGAAUGAUGUAUGACGGUGCUGGGAAGGCUCAUUCUCAGCCCUCAGUCAAGUCACUGAUUUAUGGAACUGUCAUUGCUUGUUAAAUCUUCUGUAGUCUUUGAAUUUCAUGCUUUUGGUUUUCUUAGAGGUAAAACAAUAAAAUACAUAGUAAAAAUGCUAUUACAUUGGGGAUUCAGUCCAAAUUGUAGGAAAACAAUAAAAACUCAAAAACAGUGGUUAAGGCUGGAGUCUAAUAACAUGGAUACUAUAGUUUUCUUAAGCAUAAUUUUUUCUCUCUCCAGUCCCCAUUUUUACCAAAGAUAUAAAUCUUAGGAGGACCAGCUUACUUGCAAAAUAAGUUUUAGUAUUAUAUUUGGGCUGAUUAUUUGCAUAAAAUACAACAAGAAUAAUGAUUGGCCAUAUAGUUUCUUUAAGUUGUCUUUGUUGGAACUUUCAUAAGGAAUUUUGGAUUCAACUAUAAAGCCUCAAGGCUAGGAAGCCAAGCCAAGGACUAUGCUGGUAAUACUUACAUGAAUUGGGUGAAUUCCUCUCUUCUUGAGGUCGCAAAAUAUCUUGAGGUUCCUGGGCAUGUCAGAAAGUAAGAUUCUUUUACUUGCUGCACAUCAGGAACCUUGUAAAGGAGCCAUGUAAACAAGGUACCAGGCUAGUCUUUCCAACAGGCUUUUUAUUGGCUCUACAUAAUCAACCUCAGUUCUUUAAACCAGUCUGGUCAUAUCUUCAUAUACGCCAUUCCAGUCAAGAGCGUCGAUAGAAUAACCAGUGUCUUAAUUGUGUCCUGUUACAAUAAACCGGUUUUUAUUGAACUUAAAACGCAUAUAGUUAGACUGUCAUAAAAUAAGAAUACUCAUGAAUAGUUUAUACAUUUUGGAGAAAUAAGGUAGAGAGUAAGGUCAAUGUUUCAGUCUUGCUCAUAAAGUUAUGUUUUACCCAUUUGCUACAAGCUAUAAAAAGCUUGAAAGAAAAAAGCUUCCUCGACUUCGGAAAACAAAACAUGAAAAGAAUCAGCAAUGUUUCAAACAAAAAGUCGUAAAAAUCAUUUCAGUCAUCUGUAAUUUCAGUCCCAUGUAAUUAAGUUUUAUUCUGCUUGAUAUACAGAGUUAGCAAUCUUCAUGAACACAACAGUUUAUUAGAGUUCUGAAAGUUUUUACUCACUCCAAUGAUAAUGAUCUUCAAAAUUAUCAGAAACUUGUAUUCAAGAGUACUUACCACCUGGUGCAGUGGCUCAUGGCUAUAAUCUCAGCACUUUAGGAGGCCAAGAAGGGAGGAUCGCUUGAGGCCAUGAGUUCAAGACCAGCCUGGGCAACAUAGCAAGACCCCCAUCUCGAAAAAAAAUUGAAAAAUUAGCCAGGUGUGGUGGUGUGUGCUUAUAGUUGUAGCUACUCGGGAGGCUGAGGUGGGAGGAUCACUUAAGUCCAGGAGUUUGAGGUUGUAGUGAGUUAGAAGGUGCCGCUACACUCUAAUCUGCACAACAGAGCGAGACCUUGUCUCUUUAUUUAUUUUUUUUGAGACGGAGUUUCACUCUUGUUGCCCAGGCUGGAGUGCAAUGGCGUGAUCUCGGCUCACUGCAACCUCCACCUCACAGAUUCAAGUGAUUCUCCUGCCGCGGCCUCCCAAGUAUCUGGGAUUACAGGCAUGCACCACCACGCCUGGCUAGUUUUGUAUUUUUAGUAGAGAUGGGGUUUCUCCGUGUUGGUCAGGCUGGUCUUGAACUCCUGACCUCAGGUGAUCUGCCUGCCUUGGCCUCCCAAAGUGAUGGGAUUACAGGCGUGAGCCAUCGCGCCCGGCCGAGACCUUGUCUCUUAAAAAAAAAAUUAUUUUCCAUGAAUUCCCUUGAAGAAAAAGCAAAUUUUUGACUGUAGCCAAGUGUAAACUACUUUCUGAGAAGAGUCAAAGUAGAACAAUAAUUGUCUGUGGAUGCCAAAAGACUUAGAGUAGCUACUGUUAAAGACACAAUUUACAAGGAAAUUUGGUUAUUUUUGUGGCAUACAACAAUUUAACAUAAUAACCAUAAUUUGUCUGACAUAUCAAGACAUAUCAGGAUUUCAGAAAUCUCAUAUAAUUUUGGAACACACAUUAAUAACAUGCACACAAAUAUGACCCAAAGUUAAACACCAUUUCUUAUUUGACGAAGCUUCACAUACAGUUUUAACAUACCAAUUAAGCCUAAUAGGUCUCUCUCGGACUUCCAGGGGGUUCCUUUUGGAAAAGACUUAAUUUUAGAAUUUGAAAGUUGAUUUUGGGAAAUGUGUCAAAUAUUAAAGGAUGUUGUUCAAAACAGUCACAGGUUGCUGUAAAAUAAUAGUCAUUUAGCCAGAUAAUUGAAAUAUUUCAAAAGGCAAAAACCUUUUUUUUUUUUUUUUUUUGAGGCGGAGUCUCGCUCUGUCGCCCAGGCUGGAAUGCAGUGGCGCCAUCUGGGCUCGCUGCAACCUCUGCCUCCUGGGUUCAUGCCAUUCUUCUGCCUCAGACUCCUGAGUUGCCAUUCUCCUGCCUCAGCCUCCUGAGUAGCUGGGACUACAGGCGCCCACCACCACAUCCGGCUAAUUUUUUGUAUUUUUAGUAAAGAUGGGGUUUCACCCUGUUAGCCAGGAUGGUCUCGUGAUCCACCCACCUCGGCCUCCCAAAGUGUUGGGAUUACAGGUGUGAGCCACCACACCCGGCCAAAAAAACAAAAACCUUUACUCUUUUUUGAUACUCAGUUUUCUAAACAAUCAAAAGACCUAAAAAGACAGCAUGAGACCAACAGAAUUUUUUUUUUUGCAGCUUAUUCAAAAGGUGAACAAAAGUCUUUUGUUAUCCUCAUUAAUAUUAUAUGAACAUCUUGUUCAAAAGAAAAAAAUAAAUUUUACCUUUGCAUCAGUAUAUUGUCAGUGCUAGAGCCUUUUUUUUUUUUCCCCCUGGAAACAGGGUCUGCUCUGUUGCCUGGGGUGGAGUGUAGUGGUGUGAUCAUAGCUCGCUGCAGCCUCAAACUCCUGGGCUCCAGUGAUCCUUCCACCUCAGCAUCCUGAGUAUAAAGCUAUUUUAAUAAAACUGUCCAUCAAAUCUCAAUCAGCUUGGACCAUGCAAGAUAAAAUUUCCAUAAACUUUUUACAACCACUUAAAAUUUUUUAUUAAAGAGCAGACCAGUGCUCCAAGAAAAGUCUGCUUUUCUGACACAGGGGCCCAGACUCUGGCCCUGCAUUAGUGUACGUUGAAUAUUAAUGUUCAAUUUUAGCAAAACUAAAUAAUUCUCUUCUAAUUUAGCAAGCUUGAUUAGACACAAUAUUUUUUUCACAAGAUUAAUCUUCCACAAAUGGUCUACAACUUGCUGAAGCCUUUGAUUUUGACCUAUACCUCUUUUUUUUUUUUUUUUUUUUGCAUGGGGUGGGCGGUGGGGGCGGGCAGGGCACUGAGUCUACCUCUGUAGCCCAGGCUGGAGUGCAGUGGUGUGAUCUCGGCUCACUGCAGCGUCCGCCUCCCGGGUCUCGGUUCAAGCAAUUCUCUUGUCUCAGCCUCUCGAGUGGCUGGGAUUACAGGCACGCGCCACCAUGCCCAGCUAAUUUUUGUAUUUUUAGUAGAGAUGGAGUCUCACCAUGUUGGUCAGGUUGGUCUUGAACUCCUGACCUCGUGAUCCACCCACCUUGGCCUCCCAAAGUGCUGGGAUUACAGGCGCGAGCCACCAUGCCUGACUCGACUUUUUUUUUUUUUGGCUGAGUCUUCCUCUGUAGCCCAGGCUGGAGUGCAGUGGCGCAAUCUUGGCUCACUGCAACCUACCUUUCUUUUUUAUAUUGGCAUUUUACCUUAAGAGAAAAACUUACUUUCCUUUCCCCCUUAUCAUUUUGACCAUACAAAGAUCUUUGUGUACAAGGGAAAAACAAUUACUUUCUCUUUUCAACUUUCCUUACAUCUUUUAAAAUAUACUCUGUAUAUAAAGUUGUUUCUUAUACCUAAUAGUUUUAAUUAUGUAUAUUAACUACAAUUUUAACUCUUAGUAACUCGAAUUUCCAGUGAAAAACCCAGGAAGUAAUUUUGAACUGUUUUAUACCACAUGAAAACAAUUUCUUAAUAUUUCUUCAAUUUUUGUUUAUAACCUAAAUAUAUUUUGCUUAUAACCUAAAUAUAUUUAACUUUUCUGUACCCUAUAAAUGACAUAGAUAUUUUAUGAUUAUCUGUUAAUUAACAUAACAUGGCUUUAAGAUUAAAUUUUUGAAAAGGGUUUGUGAAACUAUGAAAAGUUUGUUUAUAAAUAUCUCAUUUACAUUCAUCUAAUUUACUCUUUGUUAUUUUUAUUUUUUUUUGAGACGCAGCCUUACUGUGUCACCCAGGCUGGAGUGCAGUGGCUUAAUCUCAGCUCACUGCAACGUCAGCCUCCUGGGUUUAGGUGAUACACCCACCUCAGCGUCCCAAGUAGCUGGGACUACAGGCGUGCGCUGCUAUGCCCAGCUAAUUUUUGUAUUUUUAGUAGAGAGGGGGUUUCACUGUAUUGGCCUGGCUGGUCUGGAACUCCUAGUGAUGGGAUUACAGGUGUGAGCCACUGCACCCGGCCCUAAUUUAUUCAUUCUUAACAGUUAUUAUGCUUGAAUAGUUCAUUAAACAAAGCUAUCCAUCAUCUCAAUUUAUUUCUUUGUUAAUCAUUUCUACAGCCUGUGAAACCCUAGAGUUAAAUGAAUGAGUAUUUGCUGAUGAGAAGACACAGCUCCUUUCAUUAAACCAACAAACUAAUCUUUAUUUACCAAAGAUCUACCCAAGUCAUGAACUAAAAGACAUUUGAGUUUCUAUUUGUCUGAUGAAAUAUUUGAUUUAAGCACUUGUGUUUUCUUUAAGCUGGUUAAUUAGAGGUCUUUCAUAUAUUUUGGUAGUGAAAUAUCACAUAUAUAUGAUACAUAAAAGUAAAGACAUGCAGCUGCACUAACAGAAGCAGAUCUUAUAGUUUUAUAAGAUUUUUCAUUUGCUAGUGAAAAUAAUCCCUCCCCUCUUUUAGACUAUCAGUCUCUUAAUUAUCUGUUCCAUUCCCCUAAACAAUUCAGAUUGCUAGGCAACCCUAAAUUUUCACUUCCAAAGACAUGACUCUCAGGUGAAAACUUACAUCCCAAAGGCAGAGAACUUAGAUCUAAGCGCUAUUAUUUGUUGAAUGAAAAAGGGAUAGUCAGGAAUUGCCAGGAAAAGCAUCAAGCAAAGGUAAGGUUUGCUCUGUAAACUUUAAGCCAAUGUUUUUUUCAUUGUAAAAGUUUAUAGUGGCUUGAGUGCCGGAAGGGAGAUGCCCUUACAGAUGUCAGUUUCUUUUAUAAAGAGGUUCAGGAUAGCUAGCUAAAUGUCAGAAAGUCUUAUUUUGUGUUUUUGUUUUUGAUGGGGUCUCACUGUCAUUCAGGUUGGAGUGCAGUGACCUCUGCAACCUCUGCCUCCCAGGCUCAAGUGAUCCCUCCAUGUUAGCCUCCCGAGUAGCUGGGACCACAGGCGCGCGCCACCGUGUCCUGCUAAUUUUUUUUUUUUUUGAAUUUUUUUUUUUUUUUUUUUUGUCAAGACGAGGUUUCUCCAUGUUGCCCAGGCUGGUUUUGACCUCUUGAGCCCAAGGGAUCUGUCCGCCUCAGCCUCCCAAAGUGCUGAGAUUACAGGUGUGAGCCAAUGCGCUCGGACAUAGAAAGUCAUAUAUUGGAGAGCAGUUUGGUUAGAUAGGUGGUCUUCCAACGUAGAUGUUUCUUGGUUAGAUUACUGACUUUAAUGAGUGGAAAAAGAAAACAUUUGCAGUUUCUAGGGCCUAAUACUUAAAUUUGAAAAGCAGGCACAGAUGAAAAGCAGAGGAUCUAGAUCAAGCCUGUCCUACCCUCGGCCUGGGAUGGCUUUGAAUGCGGCCCAACACAAAUUUGUAAAUGUUCUUAAAACAGUAUGAAGAUUUUUUUUUUUUUGCGAUUUUUUUUUUCUUUUCUUUUCUCUCUCUCUCUUUUUUUUAAGCAUCUCAUCAGCUGUCAUUAGUGUUAGUGUAUUUUAUGUGUGGCCCAAGAUCAGUGUGGCCCCGGGAAGCCAAAGAUUGGAUACCCUUGAUCUAGAUCUUUAAAAAUCAAGGAUUCUACUUUUAUUAAUAGACUGAAUCUUGGGUCCCCCCAAAGGAGGGAAACGCCAUAACACCUGUCACGCAGAGCUUCCACAGUGCUUCUCACUGCAAGGACAUUCGCUCAAGGUUGGUGAGUGGCCCAGUCAGCCCACUGUGAGCAGCCCAUCCCAUAUGGGAAUCUUAUCACUUGGUGGUGAGCACUCUCAUAACCUCCAGGUGUUCAAACUGCAUCUGUCUAAAUGUGUAAAGAAACAGUAGCCAUCCUGCAGUAACAACUCUUUAGUCAGCCACUUCCCAAACUGCAGCUUUCACCAGUGACCUGUCCGCCAUCGCACACACAGAAGUCAGGCUCUCUCUCACAGUGUAAAGUAAUCCCUAAAGCCCCUGAAAACCACGAAAUUGGACAGCACAAUGCAAAAGGGAGCAGAGCUUUAGACCUGAGAGGAAACUACUCACAACUCUUCAGACUCCGUAAUGAAAACAGAAGACCCUUCCAGAAGUGGCAUCCUGAGGUUAGCAUUACACUUCUCCCAGUGGAGCCCAUGACUUCUGAUCAGGACGCUAAGGUUGUGGCUGAACCGCAGACGCAGAGAGUCCAGGAGGGCAAGGACAGCGCUCAUCUGAUGAAUGGUCCUAUAUCUCAGACCACUUCUCAGACAAGUUCCAUCCCACCUUUGAGUCAGGUACCAGCAACUAAGGUUUCAGAGCUGAACCCUAAUGCAGAAGUGUGGGGGGCUCCUGUGUUACAUCUGGAAGCAAGCAGUGCUGCUGACGGUGUGAGUGCUGCGUGGGAGGAGGUGGCUGGCCACCACGCAGACCGUGGCCCGCAGAGAUCAGAUGCCAAUGGUGAUGGUGACCAGGGCCAUGAGAAUGCCGCAUUGCCAGACCUGCAGGAGUCGGACCCAGCAGACAUGAACACUCUCGCUCUGGGUCCCUCAGAAUACGACUCUCUGCCUGAAAAUAGCGAGACAGGAGGAAAUGAGUCUCAACCAGAAAGCCAGGAAGACCCCCGAGAAGUACUUAAAAAAACAUUGGAAUUCUGCUUAUCUAGGGAGAACCUUGCUAGUGACAUGUAUCUUAUAUCACAGAUGGAUAGUGACCAGUAUGUGCCAAUCACAACGGUGGCUAACCUCGACCACAUCAAGAAGCUCAGCACUGAUGUGGACUUGAUUGUGGAAGUGCUAAGAUCUUUACCUUUAGUCCAAGUGGAUGAAAAGGGAGAAAAAGUAAGGCCAAAUCAAAAUCGCUGCAUAGUAAUAUUGCGUGAAAUAUCUGAAUCUACCCCUGUGGAAGAAGUAGAAGCACUAUUUAAAGGAGAUAAUUUACCGAAAUUUAUAAACUGUGAAUUUGCAUAUAAUGAUAAUUGGUUUAUUACAUUUGAAACAGAAGCUGAUGCACAACAGGCUUACAAAUACCUUCGAGAAGAAGUCAAAACUUUUCAAGGAAAACCAAUUAAGGCACGGAUAAAAGCAAAGGCAAUAGCUAUAAACACAUUUUUGCCAAAGAAUGGAUUUAGACCCCUGGACGUGAGCCUGUAUGCCCAGCAGCGCUAUGCGACGUCGUUCUACUUCCCUCCCAUGUACAGCCCCCAGCAGCAGUUCCCCCUGUACAGCCUGAUCACGCCCCAGACGUGGUCAGCAACGCACAGCUAUCUUGACCCACCCUUGGUAACUCCAUUUCCAAAUACUGGAUUUAUAAAUGGGUUUACGUCUCCAACGUUCAAGCCUGCGGCAUCUCCUCUGACUUCUCUCAGACAGUAUCCUCCUCGAAGCAGGAAUCCUAGUAAAUCUCAUCUGCGGCAUGCGAUUCCUAGUGCAGAGAGGGGACCUGGGUUAUUAGAAAGUCCUUCAAUAUUUAACUUCACUGCAGAUCGAUUAAUUAAUGGUGUCCGGAGCCCACAAACAAGGCAAGCAGGUCAAACUAGAACACGGAUUCAAAACCCUUCUUCAGCAUAUGCCAAGAGAGAGGCUGGGCCUGGGCGUGUGGAGCCAGGCAGUCUCGAAUCCUCUCCUGGUUUAGGGAGGGGAAGGAAGAAUUCCUUUGGCUACCGGAAGAAAAGGGAGGAGAAGUUUACAAGCAGCCAGACACAGUCUCCAACGCCACCAAAGCCUCCGUCGCCAAGCUUCGAGCUGGGGCUGUCCAGCUUCCCUCCAUUACCUGGAGCUGCCGGCAAUUUGAAGACAGAGGACUUGUUUGAAAACAGGCUAUCUAGCUUGAUAAUAGGACCAUCCAAAGAAAGGACCCUCAGUGCAGACGCAAGCAUGAACACCCUUCCUGUAGUGGUCUCCAGAGAGCCCUCGGUGCCGGCUUCUUGUGCUGUAUCAGCAACGUACGAGCGAUCCCCCUCCCCAGCUCAUUUACCCGAUGAUCCCAAGGUGGCGGAGAAACAGAGGGAAACCCACAGUGUGGACAGACUUCCUCCCGCCCUCACUGCGACCGCAUGUAAAUCGGUGCAGGUGAACGGAGUCGCCACGGAAUUGCGAAAGCCCAGCUACGCAGAGAUUUGUCAGAGAACGAGUAAAGAGCCUCCUUCUUCCCCACUGCAACCCCAAAAAGAACAAAAGCCAAACACUGUUGGUUGUGGGAAAGAGGAAAAGAAGCUGGCAGAGCCCGCAGAGAGAUACCGGGAGCCCCCAGCCCUCAAGUCCACACCUGGAGCCCCCAGAGACCAGAGGCGGCCGGCGGGGGGCCGGCCCUCGCCCUCGGCCAUGGGGAAGCGUCUCAGCCGAGAGCAGAGCACUCCCCCCAAGUCUCCUCAGUGAAAACCGUAGGUCUGGGAGGGGUCGCAGAGCGCUGUGUUAACCACAAACGAGACACUCUUCCCACUCAGUGCGAGGGCGAGCCGCUGGUUAGGAGCUUGCAGUGUCUGAGGCCUGUGGGAUCCUCAAGUUGGUUUUCUUCUGUGAGUUGGAUUCUCCCCCUCUUGAAAAAAAAUCGAUUUUUCAGGAUUUAAUUAAUACAAACCUUAUUUUAGGUUGGUGCUUAACUGGAGGUGAUGCAUAAGUCUGAUUUUUUUUUCCAAGAUAGAAAAAGCAUUUAUCCUAACAAAUUGGUAUUUUUUAUUAAGCCUCCAUGUGGCUCUGAAUGCAAGCUAUAUAUAGUGAGUUUUUCUAAAUUAAGGGAACUCUGCUUUUUUUUUUUUUUUUUUUUUUUUUUAAAAGUAACUGGUCUGCAAGUGCAUAUCUCUAGAAUGUCCCCGCGGAUGAAUGAGGGCCAAUGGCCUUGGGAGAGGCAGGUGUGGCCUCGUAGAGGCAGUGCUGGCCGCUCCAGGGCAUCAAUGCUGAUGUGGGAGCUGUGCUUCCACCUAAGCCGUUGGUAGGGGACUGUGGCAUUUAAGAAUGUAGAGAGCGUGUCCUUUUUGAUCUCCUGGGCAGAGUGAACCUGCAGGGGCCACCCCAGAAACCUUGGUUCUGAUGCACUGCAAGCAAGUAACCAGCUUCUCACUCCAGUUUCAAGUGGCUAUUAUGUAAUAUAAAUUCAAAGCACAUUGUGAAUAGGACCUAAAUGAAAACAUACACUUUGUUGCCCACUGACAUGUUACCAGAAGUUGUACCAUGAUGUUGUUUUGACCCCUGUGAGCUGACAGCCCCGGCCCUGCUCUGUGCACAUUUCUGUCCGUGUUCCCCAGCACUCUGGUUGGAGAGUGUCCACAUCUUCAGCUCCGUGUGGACAUCUUCCUGUACCUCUGCAUCAGCACAUGGAUUUAAGAGUUAUGUAAUCGUGAGAGAAUGGUGUUUGUGGUUUUUCCCCCUCUUUGGCUGGUGGAGGAUAAAGUUCCUGCUCUUUUACCUCCAAGACGAGGGCCUCAUUGAUUCACUUCCAGAAGUGCUGCACUUCUGAAGAACAAGGAUGCACUAAAGUUAGCAAGUUUAUAAUAAAGUUAAAUAUAAAUUAUUUUGUUUUAAAAUGCCUCAAAUUUUUCUUUAUUCUAAGCAGCAAACAUUAAAAUAAGAAUAUUUCCUGCUAAAUGUAACCAUACACUUUAUUCCACAAAAUGUUAUUUAACAAGACUGAGGGUUUUUUUUAAGAAAAAAUUAUUUCCAUCCAAUAUUUAAAGACUUGAAUUUUAUUUAAACUUGAAAAUGACUUUGCCUUAACUUUUGUAUAAGACAGCUUAGAGUCCAUGGAGCCCGGCCCUGGGUUGGCGUGAGUGGGUCAGAGUUACUCAGUUACUGCGUGGAUCUCCUGUCGCUAGUUUUACUGAGUAAGCAUACUGUAGUACAAGAGCUAGCAGUAGUUUUUGUAAUAUACCUUAAAGAUCUUCAACAGUUGAUCUUUUUUCAGAAUGUUGGAAAAUCCUGUAAAUGCAAAUAGUCAAUACUGUAUUAAAUACGUGCACUUGGAGUGUGCUUCGCUUGUACAGUUGUAAAUAAUCAGAACAUAUGAAAAAGGUACCCUACAGAGAAAAUUCUGAUACAGAUUAUUGAUAUAUUAUAAAUGUUGCUGUUGAGCGGGAUGUAGAUAAACUAAAUGUUGUGGUUUGAAUAUUAUUUUGAUUUGUUGAGAUUUUCUUUUUUUCUUACAUCGGUGUGUUGAACUGAUUCUGCCUCUUUGCUGCAAAAGGGAAUUGGAAAGUCUUAUUAAAAGCCUCCAGAUGUUUUCAUACUCUUUUAAAAUGUAUGUAAAUGCAUACUAAUCAUAUCUAAUGUGAAAGAGUUUUAAAGUAUAUAGAGAGCAAAAACUGGCCGGAUCAUAAGUGAAGGUGACUAGUAAUCUAAUUAAAAUCACCUGCAGCUAAGCAUGAUUGACCUUGCCAGAGGAAAACAUGCCUGACAUAUUUGACCAUUUCCUUUAAAGCAGUUGCCAUUAUUCAAAUACAGAGAAAUAGCCACAGGGCUAGUGUUUUUCAAAUGCAUUUUAAAGAACGUGGGGAUUUUUUUUUUUGUAGUUGUCAGUUCACUGACCAAAAAAAAGUCAGAAAUAAUUGAUCUCUGAAACCCAAACUCUCAAUACUCUGAAAGCUGGGAGGCAACCUCGAGGCCUGGGCCUACGAGGUGCAUCUUCGCUACGGAAGGGCCAGGGCGCCAUCAGCCAUUCCUGAAACACAAGGCCUGCCCAUCCACCAGUGAGUCCUUGGUUUUUAAUAAUGAGAAGUCCUUUCCCCCAAGGUGUGAGCAUUGCAGCGCAGUGUGUGUGUGUGGUUAGAGCCAGCUUAGUCCUUCACUUUGUCGACUGAAGUGUGAGCUCAACAGCUGCAUGAGGAGGGCAGCGCGUGCAUUAGCCAGUCGCCACUGGAGGGCUCUGCUGCCAUCCGGUCAAUACACUGUAGUUACUGCCUAGCCAGCAGCAGUCUUCUGCAUCAAGAGCUGAAACCUUGCUCGGAUGUGAUUUUUAUAGCAUCCUUUUUAAUUAAACAAAGGUGAAAUACAGAUUGCUAUAUAAUGUCUGAAAAAACCUGAUACUACUUCAAGAGUUUCCACUCAGAAGAAAAUGAGAGUUUUCAUAAUGGGAAGCUGUGGCGGUCCAUGCCAACUGUGCUGUGUCACAUACAGCAAUGAGAGUGGCGUUCAUACAUUUUUUUUUAAGUUAACACCCUCCUUUACCCCCAGCAGUAUCUCAGGUUAUAGAAUCAGAGAUGCAGCAGUGACAAAUGGCAUUUUAACUUGUAAAAUCGUGUGAUGAUGCUUAUCAUUUUGAAAUAGAAGAAUAAAAACCUGGUCCCGUUUCACCAGACAUGAAUUUCAAGUGGAGUCUCGUUCUCUGAGAGUGAGUGUCUUGACAUUUUCACCCACUGUCACAUCACCAGCUGUCACUGGCGGGUGGCAGUAAACGUCCUGCGUUGCUGUAUUAGGAUCUCUGCAGUUCAGGCUUAAAAACCAGUUCAGUGUAUCCGGGCAACGGGUAGUGGUGGUGCAUGCCUGUCUGCGUGCCCCGCUGGCGAGCUGUAGUUGCGGCUUGCGUGCCUCGCAGCCCACUACAGGGCUGCAGACAAUCGAGGCGAGGGCACUGGCCGCCUGCAGCUCACAGCGGGGAGGUCAUGUGGUCGCUCCUCGAGGGUUUCGUUUUUGUUCUGCUUCAUUAAGACUGGAAUCAAGCUUACAUGUAAACUAUUGGUAAUUUAAGUUUCCUUUUGUGUCAUUCAGUGUAAAACUGUCUAAUUUGAAAAAAAAAAUGUAGGUUAUGAAAAUAAAGAUUUAGGCACUGUUCAAUUUUUCUUUUGUUUUUUUAAAAUUAAAAUUUCUUCAAUAAUGCA